GCUGGUAGCCUUCGGAUUUCUAAGCAUCAGCUAGAAGUCCCUCCUGUCAGAGGCUUUCUUAAGCUGCAAGUUUCGAGAUUUUAUGUCACAAGAGGAACGUUUGACAGCAAGCAUCCCAAGAAACAAGCACAAAAAUGACGAUUGGCAUCUUUCCAGCAUCUGGGGGGCUCGGAACGAGCACUUACACCCACCUUCUACGGCUUGUUCCUAAUGACCAGGUAAUUUUGAUCAAUCGCUACCCCGAGAAGGUCGCGCAAAAGCACAUAGAAGCUGGAGUUCAAGUGCGCAAGGCAUCAUAUGAGAGUAAGCCAUCGGAACUCGAAGCUGUCUUCUCCGGAAUCGACACGCUAUUUCUCAUCUCAUAUGCCAGCCAUGUUCACGACUACAGGACCAAGGUCCACCUUCCUGCGGUUGAUGCUGCUAAAAGAGCCGGCGUCACGCACAUAUUCUACAGCUCUCUCGGUUUCGCAGGUAACUACCAAGACCACUCGCUUGCAGAGGUAAUGCAAGCUCAUCUCGACACCGAACGCCACCUUGCCAAACUGGCUGCGGAAGCUCCUGCCGGUUCUUUCUCUUACACCGUGAUCCGCGAGGGUUUGUACUCGGAAUCAACGCCGAUUUACACAGCCUUUUUUGACCCCCGCCAGCCCGAAGAGGUGGACCAUGGCGAGAUUCGCAUCCCGCACGACGGCUCCGGGCCCGGCGUUUCGUGGGUGAAACGUGACGAGCUUGGCGAGGCGACAGCGCGGUUGAUUGCAAACCAUGCAGCAGACAAGAAGGGCUUUGAGUUCUUGAACCGCACUGUGCUGCUGACGGGGCCAAGAGUGUGGUCGCUUGCGGAAACUGUCGACGUGCUGAGCAGCAUUGCACAGAGGAAGGUCAAGAUCAAGCCGGUCCCAGUGGACGAAUAUGUGAAGUUGCCUCAGGUGUUGGCAAAGUUUGGGUCAGAGGAACUGGCGAGAACAUGGGCGACGGCUUGGGAUGCCAUCCGGGCGGGGGAGACGGCGGUUGUUACUCCUGACUUGGAAAGGAUCCUGGGGAGAAAGCCUGAGGAGUUUGACGUUGCUGUACGCAAGUGGUUUGCCUGAGCGGGCAUGAUACACAUAUUAGGUGUGAUCGUGUUGUCUUAGAACCCGAAGGAUAGGCUCUCUCCCUUCACACACACUAACAGUUAGGUAAUGCACUCGUUUACCUAGGUCUGAGGAAUCCAAUAAAACUCAAGUUUCCACGGAG